GGUCUGCGCUGUAGACAGGCAAGUCAGCUUUAGACUUUGUACCAAACAUAUGGAGACAUCUCUGCGAUAUGGAGGAGACUCCAAAGCUCUAAGAAUCCAUGCCAAGGAGAAAUUCCCUCUCGAUUCUAAAACCCUCUUGCAGGUUCAUGGAGCCCUAGAUACAAGAAUUGGGGCGCCAAACUAUUUUAGUGCAAUGAUAAGACGCUUCUACCCAGAUUUGUCAGUCAGCCUUGGUGUGGGAUUGCAGUAUGAUAAACACGAGGAGCUCACGUACAGAAUGCGUGCAAAAAAAUCAUUUCCUGUUACCGAUGAUGGUUUUUUAAGCUUCAAUAUUAAGGGAUGGUGCAAGAUUGAUAAAGAAUUUAAAGAGAGGAAGUCAAAUGGAGCUGCAGAAUUUGCUUGGAGCAUACCUAAUUUUCAAAAAGACCAAGAUGUUAGGUUCAAAGUUGGAUAUGAACUGGUUGAUAAGAUGCCUUACCUGCAGAUUAGGGAAAAUAAUUGGACCCUCAGUGCUGACAUUUAUGGUAGAUGGAACGUAAGAUUUGAUUUGUGAGUAUGAGUUGGCAUAUCUUUGGAGGCAUGAUAUUUGAGGUAACAAUGAGUUAGUUUAUGCGAGUCUUCCAAAGAGUUCUGAGGAAAAUGUUGUUACCGUCUCUCUUGGGUGAUUUUGAAGGACAAACACCUAAAUUUGUAUUACCUAGGAACAACGAUUUGUCCCUCUUUUUAAUGUUAAGCCACAUUUUCUUGUUUCAAAUAUUGAUCAUUGUAUUUACUUGUUAUUUGAACGUUUUUAUUUGCCAUGCCAUCCUAUGAAUUAUUGUCUAA